CCCGCGGCUUGAGCACGCUUAGGGCACGCAGCGGCCUCGCACGGCCUGAGGACCCCUCCCCGGGACACCCCGGCCCAGCAGCGCCCUGCCUCGGCCGCCUGGAGGCCAGGCGGCGACUCCCGGCCAUAGCGGGCGGAAGCGCGAUCCCCGGCGGGGAGGCGGGCCCGGCACGGCCCGGCCCGGCCAGGCAUGGCCUCGGCCUCGGCGUCCUCCGGGGCGGGCGGCCCGGGUGCGCUCCGCCCUCAGCCUCCGGGGCCAGGAGGAGGAGGAGGUGGACACGAACACUUGUCAAUUUUGGAAAAAAAGUUCCAACGCCGCGCCCAAAGUGGAGCAGUGUGCUGCAGGUUAAUGUGCGAGCAGAGCACGCGUGCAGCCUUGCUCGAGACUUCCCCAGGAAGUCAGCGGAGCUGCUGAGCGCAGCACCGAGCUCGCCCUAGGCUCCUUCCAAAACCCCUCCUGCCCCAGCUCUGCUUUGUGAGAGACGUGGUGAGAAAUUUCUGCUAAAGAGCUGCAGUGACAGUGGACCUAUCUGAUUAACAAAAUGAAGCCUGCUAAGCUGCACUGUUGGAUUUUGGGUUGUUUUUCUAUGGCGUUAUGUUGUUGGUGUACUUCAGAUAAAUUCCUUGAGAGUGACAGCCACCCUCAUACCUGGAAGAAGCUUUAUCUUGCUCAUCAUUGGCCAGUGACUGUAUGUAAGCAGAAUGCUAAUGAUUGUCAAGACCCGCCGGAGUACUGGACAAUUCAUGGACUGUGGCCUGACAAAAGUGAAGAAUGUAAUAGGACAUGGCAUUUCAAUGUCACAGAGAUUAAGGAUCUUAUGCCAGACAUGAGACGCUAUUGGCCAGAUGUAAUUCAUUCAUCUUUGAAUCGUACCCAUUUCUGGAAACAUGAAUGGGAGAAACAUGGGACUUGUGCAGCCACACUUGAGGUCCUCAAUUCUCAGAAAUACUUUGGUAAAACCCUGGAGCUCUACCAGCAUGUUGACCUUAAUGGUUAUCUCCAGAAGGCUGGGAUAAAGCCAGGCUUUUUCAUUUUUCAGAUGACUGCCAUAAAAGAAGUUCUUACAAAAUUUUAUGGUGUAACACCAAAGAUCCAAUGUCUUCCUCCAGAAGAGGCACAAACAAUUGGUCAGAUUGAAUUCUGCUUCACCAAGGAAUUGCAGCUGAGAAACUGCACAGAGCCGAAGGGUGAUUCCAACAGACUGCAGACCGACUUGCAGCUUGGAACUCGGGAGUUGUCUGUCUGCAGUGACACUCUUCCAGUCUAUUAUCCUUCACAGGUCCAACAUCGCAAAUGAAGCCACAAGAAUUCGAAAAACUUUUAAAACAAAACAAAUCAACAACAACAACAACAAAUCCCUUGAACAGUAUACCUUGGAAACAGUCUUGACUUAGCAAUAUUA